AUGUCGACCUACCUGGAGGAGCUCGCCGUGCGCUUCGUCGAGCGCGAUGGCCUCUCGCUUGAGGACCAGCAGAAGAUCGCUGCCGAUGCGGCUGACUAUGUCCUGGACCCCGCAAAGCAUGGCUAUCCUCGGGAUCAAACUGUGCUCACCUUGGUCAAGUCAAUACAUCGCUGGAUCUCCUCUGGAGACGGCGAGCAGCCCUCAGAGUUCGCAGAAAGGAACAGGGAGAAGAAUGCGAGAGGUCUGAAAUACUUGGUCAUGACCUUGACUGCUCUGCCCAAAGAAUUCUUGCAGUCAACUUACAUCAAAAUGCUCGCGAGUUUCUUCGGCUCCAUUUUCCAGCAGCAGGAUCCAGCGGGCCUUGCAGCAGCAACGGAUGCUCUGCUUGUCUUAACCACCAUGAACAACUUCCCGCCCUCAGCUGCGGACGAUAUUCUUGCAAGUCUUGGGAAAAUGGAUCCCGAUAAUUACACAAAACAGCUCGCGAAGACUCGACUGCAAGUCCUCCAGAUCAUUCGAACCUUGCUCGUGAACGACAAGAGCGCGCGAGUUCUCCAGAAACGCUAUGAAGGUGGCGCAUUCUUGUUGCCUAUUUUGGCCCUCGCCAAGAGAGAAAGAGAUCCCGUCAACCUACUAGAGUGGUUCCAGACGUUAGAGAGAGUGUUGAAGAAAAUCACAACUUCUCCCGAGGUUUCACUCGCCGCCUUCGAAUCGAUCUCCCCAUUCUUCCCUAUCUCCAUUCGUAAAUCCACGGCUGGUGGACCAGAGGUAACAGAGGACGAGUUGAAGGAGGCUCUGAGGGCUUGUUUUGCGGCCAAUGGACUUUUGGCAGAGCAUACAUUUUCAUUUUUGCUGGAGAAGCUCGACGACGGCGGAAGUCUGACCGCAUCAGCCAAGGCCUGUAUGGUUGGCUACGAGCCCGUUGAAACCAGUGUCGUGCCUUAUAUCACGAAACUGUGGUCUUCCCUCAAGUACGAGGUCCGAAACGGAGAGGUACCGGAGGCAAUCCAGGAAACCCUCUCCAUUUUUGAGUGCCUGACGAGCCGACUCGCCAAGUCCGACAAUGCCGAGCCAGCUCUGACCGAAUUCCUGUCGCAAACCUGGAAAGACACUGCCGAGGACCUGGAGAACCCGACGUACACCGAGCAGGCUGGUUCAAUCCUGAUCAGUGUAGCGGGCGGUAGCGUGCUCGCCUUUUGCCGCACGAACCCGCGUCUUCUCGACGCUGUCAGGCAGAAUAUCGGCCAGCCAAAGUCGCCAGCUCAUUCCAAGAACCUUCUUGUGCUUCUCAACAAUCUGGUUCGAACUCAAAGGCAGCUGGCAGCCAAGGUGAACGAGUGGUCCGAGCAUGAUAAGCGGGCAUUCAAUGCCGACGGUUUUGAGAUCCCGGUGGCCGUUAUUGACGACAUUUAUUUCAAGCUUUUCCGGGAAAAUACCGUCGACAAUCCCAGCAAAGAUCAAGUCGAAAUCACCAAGGAAGCAAUCAACGGCCUUUCUCUGGCGGUUGAUGUGCAGCGACUUAGGGCUGACUUCACGACGACGGCAGCUUACGAGCAAGACACAUUGAAGGAGAUCUGCACAGCUCUAUCUUACCGCGCCACAAACUCGUUUAACGUCUCGCCAACAGCGUCUGCAGAGCUAUAUAACAUCGACGUUUCUGCUGUUGCGGCCCUCAAGACAGUGGUCAAGGUGUUUCCAGAGGGGUAUGCCAGGGUCCUCUCCAACCUGGUCAGCGAGGUUGAGAAACGAACCUGGAAAGGCACGGCAUCAGAUCGCACGUUCGACGAUCUGCACAGCGUGUGCCAGCGCGUAGCAUACAUUGGCUGCGCUGACAUACCCAAAUCCGAGACGCCGAUCAUCAACUUCGCGUCGUUUGCAGGCACGAUGCUUAACAUUCUGAGUGUUCUGUUCAAUGCCGAAGCGAACAUCAAAUUCUGUGCGGUUGCCGCUGACGCUCUAGCCACGGGGAUGGCAUACUUUAUAAAGGCAGUCGAGGACAAGGGCCUUAAGCAGACUGAGGCUGUCACAAGAGACUGGAAGUUCAGCGACCUCGAGCCCAUGCUACACGCUGAGGUACCGGACUUUCCGAAACUGCGUUACAAGCAGGCCAAUCUCUACGACCCCAUUCCGUCAACGAAGGUUAUCAAGGCUGCUAAGCAUUCUGUUUUCACGAGCUUUCAACUCGUGGGAGUGUACGUCGUGUCUGAGCUGUAUCAACACGCUACCACUGUAUCGAUGUCCGCAGACAGUAACAUACCACAGCUACGGCUCAGCGACGCACUUCGUUCCGCUGACAACAUUGAUGGAGACAACCCGCGUGCAAGUGGCAACCUUGCCGCGUAUCUCGGCGAGCUGGGACGGGCUGCUUGCCUCGUCCUGCGAGAGCUCGACAGUAUUGCGCAAGUAUCUUUGGACCUGGACAAUGUAGUUGCUGGUUGCUUCAAUACUGGACUGCGUUGGCAGAGCAACACGACGCCCUUGGCAUUGUUCAGUGAUUCGGAGCUUUACGCGCUAUCUGGAGGCAUCGUCCAGGCGAUGCACUCUUCGACCGUGAUGAUGCUGACGGACUUUAAUUUCCACAACCUUCUCACCGGUAACCUCGAUCUCCCGACUCGAACCAGCCCCCGGAUAGAGGCUAUCCAGGAUUAUAUUGCCUUCCUACUCGCCAACAAGUUCAAUACUCGAGCCGGUGGACCCCGUCAGAUAGAAGUCCAAGCAAUUUGGACCACGGUUCUUAAGAGGAUUGAGCAAGGUUUCAAGCAGCCCGAAUUCUUGGAAUUGAGAGAGGUAUGCCGUUUCGCAGCCAUCCUCGCAGGAGCUUUUGCCCACCGCGACCUCCCUGCGGCAGCGCUCUCCUCGACUGUUAGCCACGCAGCAGCCAAAGCGGGCAUGGAGAUGGGGCCGUACGUCGCGCGCAUCCUGUCACAGCUCUUUUCGACCUCAAAGAAGGGCCUGCUCGACCCGGCGAACCACACCAUUCAGAAGCCGCUAUACCUGCAGUGGACCUACCAGCAGUGCGUCCAGCCGGUCCUGAACCUGGCGUAUCCGCUGUCCCGCGAGGACGCUAGCGUUGUCUAUUCGAUAUAUGUGCUCCACGCCGUCAAAAGCCUGGCCCUGGGCCACUACGCCGACGACGCGCCGACGGUCGUCCGCAUCGUCCUCGCCGCCAUGCAGAAGGCCACCAACAGCUACGACAUCGAGGCUGCGUGCGGCAUCGCACUCCAGAUCCUUGCCGGCGAACCCGCCCUGUUCCGGUCGCACGUAGCCUCGCUCGUCAAGGCGGCGAAGAGCGUGUACGGCCGUGUACUGCCUGUCCCGGUUGUCUACGACCGGGCGCUGACGGCGCAUGACGACAAGGAGUGGCCUGUCGACAAGGAAGAGUACGCGCAGGGCGGUCGGUUCAAGUACGCGGGCGACAGGGAGAAGAUCCGCAGGAUGGCCCUGAGGACCCUCGAGGUGCUCCCGUCGCAGCUAGAUGAGAAUGACCUGCGAGCGUAUGCCGAUGAGGUGCGGGUACAUCUGUCUGUUGCUCUGGGCGACCGGGUGAGGGACGUCCGUCGCGCUGCUGAGGCUGCGCAGUCCGCUUGGUCCAAGAUCUCCACUUGA